CUCUCCAACCUCAAGGGAUGGUUUCAACAAGUCCUCUGGCCGCCUCUGAACAUUCAGGAGAGACCAAAGAGCGAGCUACAGAGUCAUCAUCUGUCUUAGGGAGCUCAGCAGAGAUCCAAAAUUGGCCCAAUGCUUCUGCAGUCUGGAGCCUGGACACCAGCACUGAGACAGCUGGGAGCCUGCCAGGAACUACUACAGCUAUGACCACUAUAGAGAGUGACACAUAUAAAGGAGACACAGCUACCACCACUCAGGCUCAACAUUUAAGCUCACCUAACUACCCAGAGUCUGAAAAGAAACCAGCAGCAUCAGAAUCAGGUAGCAUGUUUCCAGCGCACUCCUUUGGAAUCUUGAAAGCAGAUUUUACCAUCCCAACAACGAGGGAUCCAGAAGAAAUGAAAGACCAGCUUUUGAGUGAGGCACGAGGACCUGAAUUUGAGCCGAAAAACACGUAAUAAAGCCAGAUGUGGCGGCAAUCUUAGAGCAUGCACAUCCUACUCCUUACACACACACACACACACCC